CCAUCGCGAGGGCUCCCCGCUCCUCACUCCUUUCGGAAGGCUUCCUCUUCUUGCUACACCUGCCGCAACACCGAAAAGCCCCGGCCUCUCUUUUUGGCCCCAUCUCGUCGCUCCCGCCCCCGUCUCGUUUGGUGCGGCCCCGUGCAUCUGGUCACAAGGCGGCGGGGCGAGGCCUGCUUUCCAGUUCAGGUGGUACUUCUUGCAGCUUCGGCAGGCGUCUUUCAGAGCUACCGGGACUAUGCUGGGCUGGGGUCGCCUAACCUUCGUACUCUUGACCGUGGUUGCCACCUGUGCCGUGGCACAGAAUGCGCCACCGUGGACAGAAGAUUGCAGAAAAUCAACCUAUCCUCCUUCUGGACCAACCUAUAGGGGUCCAGUUCCGUGGUAUACCAUAAAUCUCGACCUACCGCCCUAUAAAAGAUGGCAUGAAUUGAUGGCUGACAAGGCACCAGCGCUAAAGGUUAUAAUGAAUUCCCUGAAGAAUAUGAUAAAUGCUUUUGUGCCAAGCGGAAAAAUUAUACAGAUAGUGGAUCAAAAGUUGCCUGGUCUACUUGGCAACUUUCCUGGUCCUUAUGAGGAGGAAAUGAAGGGGAUUGCAGCUGUUACUGACAUACCUUUAGGUGAGAUUAUUUCAUUCAAUGUCUUCUAUGAAAUUUUUACCAUUUGUACUUCAGUAAUAACAGAAGACAAACAAGGUCAUCUACUACAUGGGAGAAACUUGGAUUUUGGAAUAUUUCUUGGGUGGAACAUAAAUAAUAAUACCUGGGUCGUAACUGAGCAACUAAAACCUUUAACAGUGAAUUUGGACUUCCAAAGAAACAAUAAAACUGUCUUCAAGGCCUCAAGCUUUGCUGGCUAUGUGGGCAUGUUAACAGGAUUCAAACCAGGACUGUUUAGCCUUACGUUAAAUGAACGUUUCGGUGUAAAUGGUGGUUAUAUGGGUAUCAUAGAAUGGAUUUUGGGAAAGAAAGAUGCCAUGUGGAUAGGGUUUAUCACUAGAUCAGUCCUGGAAAAUAGCACAAGUUAUGAAGAAGCCAAGAAUAUAUUGACAAAAACUAAGAUAUUGGCCCCAGCAUACUUUAUCCUGGGAGGCAACAAGUCUGGGGAAGGUUGUGUGAUUACGAGAGAUAGAACACAAUCUUUGGAUGUAUAUGAACUCAACCCCAAGCAGGAUAGAUGGUAUGUGCUACAAACAAAUUAUGACCGUUGGAAAAGUCCUUUCUUUCUCGAUGAUCGCAGAACGCCUGCAAAGAUGUGCCUAAACCGGACAACUCAAGAGAAUAUCUCAUUUGCGACCAUAUAUGAUGUCCUGUCAACAAAACCUGUCCUCAACAAGCUGACUGUAUUCACCACCCUGAUGGAUGUUACCAAAGGUCAAUACGAAACUUACCUGCGGGAUUGCCCAGACCCUUGCAUAGGUUGGUGAGCACACACCUGGCGUCUAGAAUGCUGUGUGGCAUGAAGGUGGAAACUCACCCGUGUCCGAGUAGUACGGCUGUCUGACCUCCUUCCAAGACUGAGACUCGGGGCAGUUUCUCUUUGGGGCAUGAGUCCACAGACCAUUUUUGCCCUAACAGUUGAUUACUCUCAUUUAUGAUUAACUUCGUUACAGAAACCAAUCACCUAGAAUUUGCGGUUUCACUCCACUUGGACGUUUGGGGACAGGGACCUCGUGGAGCCCACCUCCACAGAAUAAAGCAAGAGUCCCGGUG